CAAGUCAUCUCAUAAACAGAGAGUUCUUUUGACUGGUUGAGGAAUUGAUUUGAUUCAGAGUUGAUCUUUGAGUUGAAGUUUUGAACAAUUUGCGUAUCUUUUGUGUUACCUUGUUUUCCAUUAACCAAAAGCAUGUCCAAUAGCAAGUCCCUUUUAACUGCUGUGGCCUCCAUUGCAGCUUCAGCUGUGGUGGUCAGAAGCAUUACCAAUGAGUUUGUUCCUCAAGAAAUCUUGGAUUUUUUUCACUCAGGACUUCACAAUCUAUCUCGCAAAUUCUCCACCCGAUUCACUGUGGUCAUUGAAGAGUUUCAAGGCAUGUCCAGAAACCAAGUGUUUGACGCUGCAGAGGCCUAUCUCACCACCAAAGCCACUCUCUCAGCUCAGAGAGUCAAAGCAAGCAAAUCAGAGAAUGAUAAAAAUCUAUCAUUUGGUGUAGACAGAGAUGAAGAAGUGAAUGAUGAGUUUGAAGGAGUUCAAAUAAGGUGGAAAUACAUAUGUAAACAAGCUGAAUCAAUCCGGAAUAAGCAUCAUGAUAUGAAUUCCUCUUUGAGGUCAGAAAUAAGGUACUAUGAGCUAUGUUUUCCGAAGAAACACAAGGAGAAGAUAUUCAGUUCAUAUUUUCCAUACGUGUUGGAGAGAGCCAAGGCCAUCAAAGAGGAAAAUGAGGCAGUGAAGCUUCACACGGUUGAUUAUAGAGAUUAUUGGAAAGUUCCUGGUAUCAAACUUGGUCACCCCAUGACUUUCAAAACUCUUGCAAUUGAUGCAAAACUUAAGAGGGAAAUAGUGAAUGAUUUGGACAAGUUUGUGAAAGGGAAAGAGUUCUAUAAAAGAACUGGGAAAGCUUGGAAACGUGGUUACCUCUUGUAUGGCCCUCCUGGCACUGGCAAGUCUAGCCUUAUUGCUUCCAUGUCCUUUUAUCUCAACUAUGAUAUCUAUGACUUGGAUCUCACCACUGUCCAUGACAAUAAUGAAUUAAAAAAUUUGAUCCUAGCCAUGUCUAACCGCUCCAUGCUUGUCAUAGAGGACAUUGAUUGCACUAUAAAGCUGCAGAACCGAGAAGAAGAUGCAGAAGCAGUUAAGAAUGGAGAUAAUAAGGUUACACUUUCAGGACUGUUGAAUGUUAUAGAUGGUCUAUGGUCAUGCUGUGGAGAGGAACGCAUUUUUAUUUUCACAACCAAUCACAAAGAGAAGCUGGAUCCUGCUCUGUUAAGACCUGGAAGAAUGGACAUGCAUAUUCAUCUGUCAUACUGUAGUUUUUCUGCUUUUGAGCAAUUGGCCUUCAAUUACCUUGGAAUUUCUCAGCACAAACUCUUUGACCAGAUUGAAGGGCUUCUCAGAGAAGUACAAGUGACUCCAGCUGAAAUUGCAGGAGAGCUAAUAAAGAUCUCUGAUGUUAGAGAAGGCCUACAAGACAUAGUCAAAUUCCUCCACAACAAGAAAAUGCUUGAGGAACAGACUGUGUAACUGACCACAAUAUCAAGGAUCAUGAGCUAGCUUGGACUUAUGGCAGAUAAGAUAAACCAGAGAAGAACGUCUUCAGUUGAAGGCAACAAAUAUGAUAUUUGAUUCAUCAACCAUCAGAAAGAACAAGUUAUCAAAUCAAUAACUAAUGGAGUUGAUUUUCAAGUUACAAAUUAAUUUCAUUCAGUUUUAAACGAGUUA